CGCCUCCCGGGCCACAGCGUUCGGUCCGGGCCCUUUACAUUCCAUUCUCAGCCAGGCCCGGGUCGGGCACCCGAGGACACCCACUGCGCCCGCCGGUCGCUGCGCUGAAGUCUCGACGCAGGCAGGCGGACAUGGCGCAGUUCUCCCAGAAACGGGGGAAGCGGCAGGACGACGACGCGUGGAGCAGCGCGGUGGACUUCCUCCUGGCCAACGCCCGCCUCGUGCUGGGCGUGGGCGGCGCUGCCGUGCUGGGCAUCGCCACCCUGGCUGUGAAGCGGCUCAUUGACAGGGCUACCAGCCCUCGGGAUGAGGACGACGUUAAGGGAGACACCACGUGCCUGGAGGACAGUUGGAAGGACCUGAGCCUGCUCAAGGCCACACCGCGCCUGCAGGGCCGGUCCUCACCUGCUGCCCUCAGCCAGCCUGUGCUUCUCUCAGCCCCCUUACUCUUUGCCCCAGAGGGGCCUGCAGAUGCUGACCGUCAGCCGGCUCCUCAGCUAAGAUCCCGAGCACCACUGUGCCUGACGUUCCAGGAGAAGCUGUUGGCGUACGAGCGAGACCAUGUGAGCAUCCCGGUGUCUCAUGUGGCUCUGGCCAAACAGUUGGCUGGCGACAUUGCCCUGGAGCUGCAGGCCUACUUGCGGAGCAAGUUCCCAGAACUGCCUUUCGGGGCACUUGUGCCUGGCGGGCCGCUUUAUGAUGGCCUGCAGGCAGGGGCUGCCGACCACGUGCGUCUCCUGGUCCCUCUGGUGCUGGAGCCCGGCCUGUGGAGCCUGGUGCCUGGCGUGGACACGGUGGCCAGGGACCCUCGCUGCUGGGCUGUGCGCAGGACUCAGCUUGAAUUCUGUCCCCGUGGAAGCAGCCCCUGGGACCGCUUCCUGGUGGGUGGCUAUCUCUCUUCCCGUGUCCUGCUGGAACUGCUCCGCAAGGCCCUGGCCGCCUCCGUCAACUGGCCAGCUAUUGGCAGCCUUCUUGGGUGCUUGAUCCGGCCCAGCAUGGCCUCGGAGGAGCUGCUCCUUGAGGUGCAGCAUGAGCGCCUGGAGCUCACUGUUGCUGUGCUCCUGGCAGCCACUGGUGCCGACCCUGAGGACCGUCUCCUUCUGGCCUGGCCCCUGGAGGGGCUGGCUGGGAACUUCUGGCUGCAGGACUUGUACCUGGCAGAAGCUGCCAGGCUGCGAGCUCUGGAUGACCGUGAUUCGGGGACCCGCCGGCGGCUGCUGCUGCUGCUGUGUAGUGUCUGCCGAGGCCAUCCGGCCCUGCGGCAGCUGAGCCGGGGCCACCUGACCCAGGUGGUUCUCCGUCUGGGAGAGGAGGAGGGGGACUGGGCCGAGGAGGCCUUGGGCGCGCGCUUCCUGCAGGCUCUGGAGCUGCUCGUGGGCAGCCUCGAGCAGGCCAGCCUGCCCUGCCACUUCAACCCUGCCGUGAACCUCUUCGACAGCCUGCGCCAGCAGGAGAUUGACAACAUGGGCUCUGUGCUGUACCUCGGCCUGCAGGCCCCCGAGGGGCUGCUGUAGGGGGCGGGGCGGGGCAGGCGUUCUGAUGCUGGUGAGCUGCGCGCUCCUCUCCCCGGGAUUUGGAGAGCAGUUUUUCUUGUGCUUUUCGCCAGAAUAAAAGAGGGUGCCUUACCUAAGCCCACGGGGUUAGCAUGUGUGUAGGCAGCAGUCGCUGGGACUUCUGAGCCCAGAGAGCUUGGGCUGCUGCCACCGGAGCAAGGCUGUGCCGCCCCUCAGGUAGCCUGGAUGCCAGCCGCUCACACGCCCGUGGUCUGCGGGCCAGCCCCAGACUCGGGCUUGCUCUGUCGUCACCAGCAGUGAAUCCGCUGACAGAAAAUGGCUUCUGCCGUUUUAGGCAGAGGUUAAGACCAGCUGUUUUUCUGUUGGGAGGGUGAGUUUGGUGCUUUGCUGGGCACCAGCUCCAGGCAUCCCUAGGCUUCUGGUGGGGGAUGGUAAAUACCAUGUGUUUGUUCAUCCCUCUGGGCGGGUGUCACCUGGUACCUACAGGAUGACACCCUGCAGGAUGCAGCUCUGUGGCUGACUUAAAGGCGGGUGUCUUCUGCCGUAGUGUGUGGUCUAGCUUGCUUGUCGAGCUCUCCUCCAGCCUGGAGUGGGAGCUCAGCCUGAGGAGCUGCCUGCCUCACGCCUUUGCGGAGGGCGUUCCCUCCAGCCAGGAGUUUCCUCUUUGGGCAGCGGGGGCCCUGGGAGAGCCUGUUCCCUCCAGGGGGAGCUGAGAUUCUGCACUGCCUGCCUUGCCUAGAGCCAAGGGUGUCCUGCCAGCUGCUGUUCGGCCCGGCUAGAGAGCAAAGGCUGGGCCCUCCUGGAAAGGCCUCUGCAAGGUGGCCUCUGGGCGCCAACAUGAUGCUCUCAGCUGACGCCUGCGUUCUCACCGUAGCCUGGC